AUGUUAGGCUUGGAACCUCAGUUAUUGCACAGCCCUUUUGAUGCCAGCAACAGUGUGGAGAAGGAUGAGGCCCAUUGGAUCAAAUCCACAUGCGAUAUCCCCACCAUAAACAAGGAGGGCAAGAUGUAUGUUGGGCUUGACCGAACCCACUUCCUCAGCUCUUCCACUCAAUGUCAUCCUUAUGAUGCCUCAGGCAAUGGGUAUCACCAUGAUGAGGGUGUAGAAUGUUCAUCCUCAAGUGACUGUCCAAUGCAAUUGAUAAGAACGAUCACAUCCUUGGUGUCAUCCAAUCUGAUCUUGCAGAGUCUAUCACACCUGCAUAGCCCAAUGCAAGUACAGCUUUAUAAGAAGCUUUUUAAUGUCACAGAAACUCAUUUGCAUAAGAUCGGCAUCAUUGAGGCUCAUGAUGGGACAGAUACUCAGGCAGGGAAUCUUGUGUAG